CUGUCCAACACAAUAACCAACUUCGUCCAACUUCGUCCUCCGCUUGCCCCUCAUCGCCAUUUGGUCAACGAUUGACGGCGCCGAGCUACGUCGUACUUACGAGGCCAAGCCGAAUGCGCAUCUAACACUUCAGUUCCCGGAGUUUCCGUUUGAACAAGGACGGUUGUCGAUGAAUAAUAUACGGAGUACGGCCUUAAGCUUCAAUUCCUCCGCAUAAGAUCGACACCAGCCGCAGUCAACCGAUUAUAAUAUAUAUAUAACACUUACACGUGACGAGACUACGAGAAACUACUCGAGCCUCUCUGCCUACACCAACCUACUUAUACCCGACUCACUGAAUGCUAUCUCGACUUGCUCACUCUACCAACAUGGCUUCCACCGCCGACCUCCCCUACAACGUGCACGUCACCCCGGACAAUACCGGGCUCUGGCACAUCAGGCAGACGGACGAGGCGGCCAAGAAGGUCUCGGAGCUCUUGCAGGAGGACAUGGAAAAACACCACGUUUUCUUCAACCAACUCCACUACCACAACCACAUCCCCCACCACCUACUGGCCCUCUACGGCACCGGCGCCCCUCCGUCCUCGCUCCAGACCGCCUACGUCAACAACACAACGUACCAACGCCCCGCCCUUCCCCCGCACACCAACGAGCCCGUCAACCUGCACCCCUGGCCGUCCGCCGCCGCCCGCUACCUCGGCGACGAGACCUACUACCCGGACUUUCUGCGCUUCUUCCAGUCCGAGAUGCCCGCCGCCGCCGCCGCCUCCGGACCUUCUUCUUCUUCAUGGCAGCCCGUGGUCCGCAAGUACCUCUUCGACAGCGGCAGCGACGACCUGCUGCUCCGCAUGUUCGCCGGCGUCCUGCACCCGCUCAUCCAGCUCAUGUACGGGGUCGAGUGGGGCCAGGAGGCCAUCGUGGCCGAGGCCCUGGCGCAGGCCGCCGUGCACGAGGGCUGGGUGGGCGAGUACCUGCUCGAGGCCGAGCGGCUGGCGCGGCAGGGAGGUGAGGAGGGGGAGGGGAAGGGGAAGGAGGCGGGAGAAGGGGUGAUGGAGCUGAUCGCGGCGGUGCGGGCGAAUCCCAAGCUGGCGGGCGCGGCCCGGCACGGGGACGCCAACAAGAUCCGGGACGGCGUGCUCGCGCGCGCCAGGGACGAGAUGCUGGCCAUCGCGGCCAGGGUCCGGGUCCGGCCGGACCAGAAGGAGGUCGAGGAGAAGACGGCCGAGAUGUUUGACGCCGCGCUCUUCGUCGCCGCCGCCGCCGCCAUGGUCAAGGACGGAAAGCAGCCCAAGUUUGACUUCUUUUUGAUGCACCAUGUCACCUCCAGCCCCUUCUUCGUCACGCUCAAUGCUCAGGACUGGGUCCCCGUCGAGAUCAAGGCGCGCAUGUUGGAGUGGAAGAUCCGGAUGGACCUGCUCCAGUACGUCGCGCGCGGCGCACCAGAGCUGCCGGCCGAGAAGCUGGCGGCGUACCAGCCGCGGAAGCCCGGGGCCGGGGGCUCGCUGGCCGAUAUCAUUGCCCGCCUGCACACAUUUCAGGACGACGGCCACGGCAUCAAGCUCGGCCGGGCCGCAGUCAUUUGCCACAACAUCUGCAAGAAGUACGAGCAGGAGGGCAAGGGCUGGUUGAAGUUGACAGGGGACGAGCUUUGGAACAAGGUGUGCCAUCUGAUUGUUGACUCGCUUGAGGCACCUGGCCCGAGAUGGGUCCGGAGCUGCGGCUUCGACGAAGCCUGGGAGGAAAUCCCGAAUAUCUAAGCUUAUGGAAAAGCUGCUGAACAAGACGGGUAUCCAAUGUUCAAGCCUGAUUCAAAAAGGCGUCAGACAGCCACCA